UCAAAAAGAUUUGGGCCUUGAAAAAUAGCUAGCAUGGAGUUUUUUGGUUUUCUCUCAAUUCUCAAAGAAUCCCUUCAACUUCUUCCAAGAAAUAAAAAGUUAUUAGCACUAACAAGUUUUCUUUUUUUUCUUAUUUCCUCUAUCCUCUUCUCAAUUUUAAAUUUCAAACUUAAAUUCUUGAUCCAUGAUAUUUCUCUCAAGGUAUCAAUUUUAUCUAUUUCAACUUCUAAUACCUUUAAAAUCACCAAAAUUCUUGCUGAUAUUAAAGAGGAUUUCCAAAUUCUUCUCACUUUAUAUGUUGCACUUCUUGUUAUUCUAUUUUUCAUCUCUUUUCUAUAUGCAAUUGCAACAAUUAUAUUAUCUUUCAUUUCUUAUAAUAAUACCAAUAUUUCUCUCAAAGACUUUGUCUUAAGAAUUUCCAGGGCAUUUAAAUAUGCGAUUAUAACUGGAUUAUACACGAAAAUGUUCGGUAUUGGUUACAUUUUUAUUAUCUUAUUUUUGCUAAGUCCUCUUUUAAUUUCCACUUCCAAUAUUUUCCUUUUCUCCAUAGGAAUCUUUGUUGGAAUAAUUUCUUUCUUCUUCUUUCAAUAUUUAUCGGUUGUUUGGAUAUUGGCUUUAAUUAUUUCAGUGGUUGAAGAAAAUUAUUAUGGAAUUAAGGCAAUAGCAAAAGCUGGAUCACUUAUUAAGGGGAAGAGAAUAAAUGGAUUUAUUUUAAAUGUCUUAUUUUCUAUAAUUUCAUUGUUAUUGUACAAAAGUUAUUUGAAGAUGAACCUAGGUGCAAAAGGAGUAAUUAACCAGACACUUGUGUCUUUAUUUCUGGUUAAUUUUUCUUCUUUGGUUAGUUUCUUGUGUUUAGUGGCAUAUACUGUGCUCUAUUUUCAUUGCAAGAAGAAUCAUGGAGAAGAAGUUGAAUUGCAGUGGAAUUUUGAGUAUAGCAAAGUAUAAAAAAAGUUGUAUUUUCUUUUAUCUUUGUUUGUCUUUACAUUUUGAUGGGAGAUUUAUAUUGUAAAGUAAUAAGAGUUUAUUCACCUAAUAUAAUUUGUUUAUCAUUUUCCUA